CACGGCAGCAUCAAUCAAUACAGAGACUAAUUCGCCUGUCGUUACAAACAUACCAGUUCGCAAAGUAUCAUCUCGACAUGAAGUGCGUUUUGAAUGCCCGAUCCUCURCCUUGCUGGCAUUAAUUUCUCUUGUUGUUUUCGCGAUCACAUCUCAGGCUUUCACUGGCACAACGCGAAUCAAUGGUUUUCGUCGUGGGUACAAAACACCACUGUCCCCCGUUGGUUCUAUUGCCACCAGCAAUGAUUCUUCGUCGACCAAUUUAAUGGCACGAAAAGACGUGAGCAAUGCCGAAAGAGGCAGUGAUAAAGUCAACAAUCUCAUGGGCCUCGACAGAGGCAAGUAUCUGUGGGUCAUUGUGAUCGCACUCAACAUCUGGUUCUUUUCGGUCCCUACAGAAUUUCGACGAACCAGAAUCUGCAACGAGGCGGAUAGUGCUGCGUAUCCUACCAGGUGUAUGACAAGCGAACAAUUCACUAAGGGGAUUUCUGAUUACUACAAAAACGGUACGAAAUUGUUGUCACUCCGCGGGGCAGAGGCAUGAACCAGCAGAACAACCCCCACGACSUAUGGAUCUGUGACAGUUUGUAUCAUUUUCGUAUUAACAUUUUAGAUGCUCUUUCCCUCGUUGUUCGAUGUUUUCACUMUUUCUCGGAUUGUUAGGUGGUGGGAUCAAGUUUGAUUUUUCGAUUGCAGGAAAGGAAUAAGGUGCCGUGGCUUGCAGCUCCAUCUGGUUUUCUGUCUGAAGAGCAAUCGAUCUUUUCGCUUCACAAAUAGUAGCUGUAACUUCUUUUGGUGAUCAAACUAAUGUUCACUACUCCGUCAUUUCAAAGUGCAAAAUACAAAUCGCACCUAAAUAAGUCCGGAAUACUACCUCAGAUUAAACCUCUACAGCAGGUGUGGCUGCUAAGGAUGAGAAUCUGUGUAUUUCUCCGUUGAAGAAGAUCCACAAGCCACAACAAUGAAUCAUAAAAUCAUGAUACAAUAGUGGCAUUUCGAAGGCAUACAUUGGGCAAAAUGGAAAGGCUAUUGCUCCAACGGUCAACUAAGAAUCAAGAAUCAAAUUAAAAUAGAAGCGUCCGACUUGCCAUAAACUAAACUUUUUGAAUUCAUAAUUACCAGUUAUCUUGCAUAUGUUUCAAUAUCUGCGUCUGGAAACAGUCGCUUGAUGAAGAUAGCGCAAUCGUCAUCUGAUCGCAAAAUCACCCUGCACGAGGUCUUGAGAGACUUAACUUCUUCAUUGCGUAGCAAAUCGCAUUGCAUCGAUGUGCAUUGCAAAGCACUGUUUCGGUAGAUCACAACAAAUUAAUUCUCUUCGACAUCCCAAAUACAUACAUGYCAUCGUUAUACUUUUCGAUAUGCUCGCACCUUCGGACAUCCAAAGGCAUUAUAAARCCGUCGCSCUAAGGGSCUCUCCCAUUKGUCCCUUAUCCUCCUCUUCCUCUUCAUCCGGCGUCAGAAUGUCGAAUAUGUUGAAGACAAAAUUGUAAGCACUCGUUGUCACGUUCAAUACCAUCGAGGGCGUUACCUGCCUGUUCAAUGCGUACGUCACAAGGGUCGAAAGGACGAAUUGUGGAAUGUCCUCCAGGAUCAUCUCAAGAAACAAAAUCUGGUUGGCCCGUUUGUAGAGAUGCCGCAUUAAGCGCUCRAAACCGCUCAUCUCGAUCUUUGCAUCGUCGUCUGACUUCACCUUCCUUUUGGGGGCAAACCCCUUGCAGAGGAGCGUGAAGGUCGUGAAACCUAACAUGACACACGCGACGAUGAAGAAGAUAAAAGUUGUAAGCUGAUAUUUCUCGACGAUUUCUGCGUCCAUGCUACCGAUCGACUUGUAAAACAUGUAGUCGCCGUAGACAUCGGCAGCGGAGGAGGAGAACAGAGAAGGUCUUGAGCAGGGGGACCCAUGUUUUGCGAAAUUCUUUGAGAAAUGGCGCCAUGUUGAGCGGAAUGGAAUUUUGUUGUAUUGAAAAAUGACUCGAAUCGCGACACGGUCAAGGCGAUGUGGACGAAUGCGAUGYCGCUUGGAUAGUGCCCGUCGUACCGUACUACCACUAGCACGACGACUUGUUUUCGAUCCUUUCAUCAGCUAGCUUGUUCUGCUCAAUUUUGAAGUCUACGGUACAGUGGGGUACAAGUAUUAAUAGCAGAGCACAAGCAAAGUCGUACGAGGUACCUAGUACAAAUAGUACCUGACAAAGAUUUUGAUUGCUCUGGUACUUUUACUAAUUUCAGUACUGUAAAUUACUGUGUCGUACUUCGAACUCUCAACGGAGUUCUUCGGCAUAAUAAUUGCAGUAAGAAUAG